CACAGUGAAGUGAAAGCAGACAUUUUCGCCAAAGACGGGUCCACAUAACACAAUGCGUGUUUGUUCGAUUUAUGUUACACUGGCACUUGGAUUAGGAGGUUUUGCGCAAGAACUGUCAAAGACAAAUAGAGUAUUUUCUAAUCGCCGCUGGACUGAUGGUGUUUUAAAAGAGAAGGUAUUGUGCCGUGAACUCCCCCCAAACCACUUCUGUAGUACACUGUCUCCAAUUCUACACUCUGGAGGACUCUUCACAGAUGUUGCCGGGGAGCAUUUUCUACCCGCAACUUAGUGAGCAGCUCAAAUGUUGCCAAAAGGACACAUGCUUUGGUGUACUUUAGCAGGCAGACCACGUCCAGAUAAUCUCAGUUUACAUUGGCCUAUACUCUUCAAGAUACCCAAGAGUUCCCGUUGUGUCGGCUGUGCGUCAUCCAUGCCUGAUUAGACUUGUAGUCUGACGUCGCCGAGAUCCAUUCAAGCAAAACGCCUUAUACAGCGCCGAAAAUCUACACUGAUUUUUGAAAACCCAGAAUAAAACCAUCCGGAGUGACGGAAACCACUUUUUUUCCCCAUAAAGACGCGGAUCAACAAGUUGCCGUCAGUGCGUAAUAUCCAUCCAUCGGAGCGGGCUUCAGCAUAAUCCGGCACACACGUGAUCGACAAAUCACUUCAGCUGCAAAUAUUUCUGAUUUGUCAAGAGAAAUAAGCCCCUGACUGUCCGCGGAGACACAUCUUGUAAGAUUACGGUGGGAAUCAGGAGCUGACCGGCUCAGUGCCUGGCUGUGUCUCCAGAUGCUCGGCUGUACACCGCAUGCUUGCGCACACCGCACACUGGAAAGAGGACAUAUAGAGAAGGGAUCUGAAUGAACGGCACUGAGAUUUAUUCGCAUUUCUCUUCUCGCCUCCCCCAGACUGUUGUAUGUGUUUUGUAUCCCGCUGGUUGAAGGUGUCUCACGUUAUCAGCAGAUAUCAGUUCAGCGGUGGAUAAAUCCAUCAUUCCAAUAGGGAGCAGCAAAUGUCGAAGAAACGCAAAAGUCCUGACGACCAGGACUUUGAGGAAUCCCCGGCAGCUGGAUGCAGUGAUGAAGUCUGCUGCACAUCCACAGCGGAGCCACCACGCCGAGGAGGCGGACCGACUGUAGCUUCACCUCGGCCAGCGGUGCUGGGUCAUAGCGCUGUGGUGGAGGAGGGAGGGUGGGCAGCGCACUGCUCUUGCCCUUCCUAACCGUGCACAGCUUCAGGCAUUGAGGACAUCAUCACCUCAAAAGCGUCCUGGAAUAGUUUGGUUUUGCCAGACGCACGAAGUUGCAGCUGCAGAGGCGCACUUUUCUCCGUGGCUCCUCUCUCCUUUAGCGCUCGCAAUCCGACAUGGAAGAUGGUCCGUCUUCAACAAGCUGUUUCAGAAGGUUAACGGACUGUUUCCUGGGUGCAAGCUUGACAGAUGAGAAAGUGAAGGCCUACCUCUCGCUGCAUCCGCAGAUGCUGGACGACUUUGUGUUGGAGAGUGUGAGCGCAGAGACGUUGGACAGAUGGCUGAAGAGGAAGACCAGCAGCAGGCCUGCAGAUGACACAUCAGCGAAAGAAGUCAGUAGGCAGUACCAGGACACAAAUAUGCAGGGUGUGGUGUACGAACUCAACAGCUACAUGGAGCAGCGCCUGGACACUGGAGGAGACAACAAACUCCUGCUCUAUGAGUUGUGCAACAUCAUUAAAGCAGCAACGAAAGCCGAUGGAUUUGCACUUUACUUCUUGGGAGAAUGCAACAAUAGUUUAUGUUUGUUCACUCCAACGGGGGCCAAGGAUGGCCCUCCAAGCCUCAUCCCCUCCGGCCCCAUUGCAUUUGGGACAACCAUUGCCGCUCAUGUUGCCAAGACUCGCAAAACACUGCUAGUAGAGGACAUCAUGGGGGACGAGCGCUUCCCCGACGGCACAGGGCAGGACUCAGGGAUCCACGUUCACUCUGUCCUGUGCCUCCCCAUCCUCACUGCCAUCGGGGACCUCAUUGCCAUCCUGGAGCUGCAACGGCACUGGGGCAAGGAGCCCUUCAACCUCAGCCACCAGGAGGUUGCAACAGCUAAUUUAGCAUGGGCAUCGGUCGCCAUUCAUCAAGUACAGGUGUGCAGAGGCCUCGCCAAACAGACUGAACUCAAUGACUUUCUACUAGAUGUGUCAAAAACAUACUUUGAUAACAUUGUGGCAAUAGAUUCUCUACUUGAACAUAUUAUGAUAUAUGCAAAAAACCUGGUGAAUGCGGACAGGUGCGCACUCUUCCAGGUAGAUCACAACAACAAAGAACUGUACUCCGACCUGUUCGAUAUUGGGGAGGAGAAAGAAGGCAAACCUGUCUUUAGGAAAACCAAAGAAAUUAGGUUUUCUAUAGACAAGGGAAUAGCUGGUCAAGUGGCUCGGACAGGGGAAGUUUUAAAUAUCCCAGAUGCCUAUGCAGACCCACGGUUUAACCGGGAGGUGGACCUCAAAACCGGCUACACCACACGGAACAUCCUGUGCAUGCCCAUCGUCAGCAGGGGAACUGUUAUAGGUGUGGUGCAGAUGGUGAACAAGCUAAGCGGAAGUGCCUUCACUAAAACCGAUGAGAACAACUUUAAGAUGUUUGCUGUCUUUUGUGCUCUGGCCUUACACUGUGCAAAUAUGUACCACAGGAUCCGGCAUUCUGAAUGCAUUUACAGAGUGACCAUGGAAAAACUGUCUUAUCACAGCAUCUGCACAUCAGAGGAAUGGAAGACCCUUACCCAGCUCAACCUCCCUGCACCCAUUUAUAAAGAGAUAGAAACGUUCCACUUUGAUAUUAAUCCCUUUGAGGAGAUCUGGCCUGCUGUCUUCAUCUACAUGGUUCAUAACUCCUGUGGAAAAAACAGCUUUGAGCUAGAGAAGCUGUGUCGGUUCACCAUGUCCGUACGAAAGAACUACCGCCGUGUGCCCUACCACAACUGGAAGCACGCAGUGACGGUGGCACACUGCAUGUAUGCCAUCCUACAGAAAACCUCUGAGAUCUUCACAGACCUUGAGAAGAAAGGCCUGUUAAUCGCUUGUCUGUGCCAUGAUCUGGACCAUCGGGGUUACAGCAACGCAUACCUGCAGAAGUUUGACCAUCCACUAGCAGCUCUUUACUCCACCUCCACCAUGGAGCAGCACCACUUCUCCCAGACUGUCUCCAUCCUGCAGCUGGAAGGGCACAAUAUUUUUUCCAACCUGAAUUCCAGCGAGUACGAGCAGGUGCUGGAGAUCAUCCGGAAGGCCAUCAUCGCCACGGACCUUGCCCUGUACUUCAAUAACCACCAGCAACUGACAGAACUGCUCACCAGUGGUGCGCUGGACUUCAACAACCACUCACACAGGGACUGUGUGAUUGGUCUGAUGAUGACAGCAUGUGACCUGUGUUCUGUUACCAAGCAAUGGCAAAUCACACGACACACAGCCAACGACAUCUAUGCUGAGUUCUGGGCUGAGGGAGAUGAGAUGAAGAAGAUUGGGAUGCAGCCGAUCCCCAUGAUGGACAGAGACAAGAAGGAUGAGGUUCCCCAAGGCCAAGUGGGAUUCUACAAUGCUGUCGCAAUUCCAUGUUAUACGACACUAGCAGAGCUUUUUCCUCCAUCCAAUUGUCUUCUAAAAGCCUGCAAGGAGAAUCUGGGCCAGUGGGAGAAGAUCGUGAGGGGAGAGGCCAAGGACAUAGUGUUCAGCAAAGAGGCCAGCAGGUCUUCUGAUUCAGGCCCAGUUAAGGUGGAUAACUGACUACCAAAGGGUUGCUGGCCUACCAAAGGAACACACUCUGAAUCCUGCCACCGACCUUUUGUAGAGGGGAGAACAGAACAUGCAUCCUGUGUUAGCAGCAGAUGACAAAGCUAAAUUCAACUUGACUCUGAAAACACACAGUUACCUCAUCAGGUGACGGAGGUGUCAACACUGACGGUUUCACCGAUCCCAGAGACUGACAGACAGCUGAUGGGGUGGGACUUGGACCCAUCGCCCUACGUCCACUCAGCUUGGGAAUUCACUUGGUAGAAAGGACUUGUGGUGUUUUGGUUGUUUAUCAGCUGUUAUUUUAUUAUGAUUUUUUAAUUUUAUUUUAUUUGAGCUGAAUCUUUUGUGGUCUUGUAUUUGAGAGGCCUUAACUCUGAACCUUUCACAGGCUAGGAUAUGUGAAAUCUUGUUGUCGGUUCAGGCUUUUUAAAAUGGUACUGUUUGCCUUCUGUGGUAGGUUUUAUCAUUUGUGUACUACUUCAGAAAGGUAUUCCCAGUGACAGAAGGAAUGUGUAGAGAGAUGUAUGAUGUGAUGCCACCUUAUUGAGAUGGUGGGAGUUAGAAUGUUUUUUAUUACUUUUGAGCAAAAAUCCUUUGCAGUACUUGAAUAAAGACAUACAGCCUAUUCUACACAGAAAUUGCGGAAACCCCCCACAGCAUACUCUACUAAACAUGGAUGAACUGUGAGAGGAGUUAGAUAAUGUUAACACUUGUGAACACAGUCACAAGAGAGUCACAAUGUUUCUCUCUGAAGUGGACCCUGCAGUGCUGCCCACGGCCUCCCCUGGCAUUUAGGAACCUGCUGCAUAAUACAUCAACUUUGGAGCUUCUGAUUUAACAAGAUCUGAUCCCAAACAAGUAAUCGUAAUAUUAGAAGGAGAAAGAGACAAAAAAAAAAAAUGAGCAAGAUGCACAAAUGGCAACUUUUAAUAAGUUAAAGCCAAGACUACAUACUAUAGAAAGUGUUUCUACUCUGCUUAGUUUUUUUUUUUCAUGCCACUAUCACAUCAUAAAUUAUUUUACACUACAAUCUGGGAGGAGCUGUGCCUCAGUUUCUCUCAUCAAUCAGUAAUCAUUUCUGCAUUCAUAAAUAAACAGUUAAAAAGAGGAUUCUGCACAAGUUGGUUAAAUGUCCUGUCCGGAUUAAACCAGUUUAUUAGCAGUAGCAUAACACUUUUUUUUUUUUUUUUCAUGUUGGUAGCCUUAUGUAGUGUCCAGAUUGCACCCUCAUUUAUAUCACAUGGAUAAGGCUGAAGAAUGGUAUCAAUUCAAAAAAAAAAAAAGAAAAAAAUGGGCAAAGGUUGAAUUAGAUAGUCGUCUGCACAGUCUGGGAUGUUUUUCUGCUUUUGACAUAAUAUGCGUGUUGGAGCAUUAGCCCAUGUCUUUGCAAGUUCAAAGCUGUAGAAUGAAACAUUAAUGACACUGAACAUUUACUGCUGAUGCCCUCCACAGUGACUCAGCUGAUGAGCUCUUUUGAUCCAUGCCUGAAAUCACAGUUUUCAGCUUCAUAUUUCCUUAACUGUUAAGCUAAACUGCAUAAUAUGUCUUUUUGCAUGCAACUGCAACUCGAGAUUGUUGGUAGACUUUUUGCAGAUGUGUACCAGAAGUUCCCCUCAUGUCUGUGACUUGUCAAAGGAAAUAAACCACCGUCCCUUAUGCUCAUUUUCCACCACAUGCGAGGGGUACAUUUGGAUUUCCAGGAUCUUCCAAAAGACUUUUAUUGUCUAAAACUGUCAUUCCAGAGGACAAAUUGUCCAAGACUGAAAUUACCGCUAAAAUAAUUUGUUUUACGACUGGUACUGUGGCCCCAAUGGUGUGAAUGUACAUUUUGAUGAAUGUUUUGUUAAUGGCAGAUCCUUGGUGUUGGCGUAUGGGUUAGCAAGCCAUCAAUUGCAAUGAUGUGCUCUGUCUUACUUUUCAGAAUUGCUUCCAGUAAGCUUCAACCAAGAGCAACAAUUAGCAUGCACCUAAAUUGAAGUUUAUAUAUAAUUUUGCAUAUAUGGAAAUAGGCGUAUACUGUGUACAAUCUAGGAAUUAGCUUGUACAGCCUGAGACGUAUGCUCUGAUGGUGCUAAACUGAGUGGCAGUCAUGCACUUUCUGACUGGGUGUGUACACUUGUGUUUGCGUGUGUGCGUGCGUGUGUGUGUGUGCAUGUGUGCGUGUGAAAGAGAAAACCCUGACUGUCUCUUUUCCCACUCAAACCCACCUGAGAACAUGGUGAAGUCCACAACACUGCACUGUCCCCUCUACUUUUCAGCACCAGUUAUAUCCCAUUGUCUGCACUAUGUUUAGCUUAUGAUCUUUAUCUUUAUUAUUAUUGAUGAUUAUUAUUAUUAUUGCUAUUAUUACUAUUGUUAUUUUCUUAAUUAGAGUUAAAUUUAAAUUAACUUAUAUUUUUAUACAAAGAAAAAUAAUGUUGGCCUUUUUGUUUUGUACAAAGUAAACAAAGAUAAAGAUAAACAAAACGGUCUAGACAUGUUACUGUUACCCAGAAUAACUGAGGAAUGUCUCAACUGUAAAUGUAAGAGCAGUAGCCCAAAUGACUUUUAUUAAAUACCUUAAAAACA